CUUCGCCAUUUUGUGCUGCUGCUACGCCGGGUAUUUAUCUGAAGAUUCGUGACUAGUCCAUUUACAUUGCUAGUUAGCUAGGUGUUAUUGUACCUUUCCCAGUUUACAUCUAAAGACAGUUGCCUUCGAUAGGUUUAGUACCUAAACCAUUGGGAAACAUAGUAAUAGCCGUUUUGUAUUAUUUAGUUUACUGUGUGAGAAAGAAUGUCGUCCGAAAGCCCCGAAUACUCUCCGUUCUUCGCAGUGAUGGGUGCCUCUGCGGCUAUGGUUUUCAGCGCCUUAGGAGCAGCCUAUGGGACGGCUAAGAGUGGCACAGGGAUCGCUGCCAUGUCGGUGAUGAGGCCGGAGCUCAUCAUGAAGUCGAUCAUCCCCGUGGUCAUGGCGGGUAUCAUAGCCAUCUAUGGCCUGGUAGUAGCGGUGCUCAUUGCCAACAACAUCUCCGAGAAGGUCACCCUCUACAAGAGUUUCCUCCACCUGGGUGCUGGCCUGAGUGUGGGCUUGAGCGGGCUGGCAGCUGGCUUUGCCAUCGGCAUCGUAGGUGACGCAGGCGUGAGGGGCACGGCCCAGCAGCCCCGGCUUUUUGUGGGCAUGAUCCUCAUCUUGAUCUUCGCCGAGGUCCUCGGACUCUACGGUCUCAUUGUGGCCCUCAUCCUGUCCACGAAAUAAACCACCAAAUUCUUCACCAAAAUAUGUCCUAUAUGUUGCUGCUGGAGAAAAGAGUAAAACCAGAAAAAAAAAAGG